UUUCCCAGAACGCGUUCCCGUGAACUACAGCCAUGUACAUACAUGUAGGUUGGCUUAAUCGAAACUGCUGUUCUGUGGGAGAAGAAUACUCGACUCCAUGGGAAAGAGAAAGGAAAGAAAUAAUUGUAGAUCUUGUUGAAAUUGUGAGUCCAAACCCACAAACGUGGAUUGGAAAAACAUCUCUGGUUACCGAGAGAUGAUCGUUUUGUACAUUCGUUCUUCAUAUUAUGCAAAUAACCGGACUUAAUUACGUACUGUUCAACAAUGUGCGUGGGCAUUCUUGAUGUGUUUGUUGUCAACAAGAUUCGACAAAAUGAAUUCGACUUCGACUAUGAGUGAAACGUCAGAAUGCUUCAUUCAUUGACCAGGCUUGACAGUGUCUUAGGAAGCUUCGCCACGUACGCCCGACUCAAGGGCCGCUACGACGAUGACUGGAUUGACCGCCUCAACCACCUGUACACGACCAUCAUCCUCAUCAUCUUCACCAUCGUCGUCAGCACUAAGCAAUACGUGGGCGAGCCCAUCCACUGCUGGUGUCCGUCGCAGUUCGAGGACAGCCACGUGGAGUACACCAACAACGUCUGCUGGGUCUCCAACACCUACUACGUACCGUUCGAGCACGCGGUGCCUCGGCACGAGCAGCCCAAGAAGGAGAAGGAGAUCGGUUACUACCAGUGGGUGCCCAUGAUUCUCCUCUUCCAGGCACUCCUCUUCAAGAUCCCCUGCAUCCUCUGGAGGAUUCUCUCGGCGUCGUCCGGCGUAAAUUUGGACAAGAUCGUCACCCUGGCGGCGGAGACGGCGUACAUCGCACCUGACGACCGGGAAAGGACUAUAAAGCACAUCGUGCGCUACAUGGAUCGGUGGUUGGAGAAUGCGAGGGAGUACAGAAGUGGAUGUUUCAUACGAUUCAGGCAGCAGAUCGCCAAGUACUGCUGCCUGGUCUGGGGCAAGCGCUACGGAAACUACCUGGUCACAAUAUACAUGUUUAUUAAGCUGUUGUACCUACUCAAUUCCGUGGGACAGUUGUUCAUACUGAACGAGUUUCUCGGAACGAACUAUAACGUCUAUGGGUUCGAGGUCCUCGACCAUCUAGCAAGGGGCGAAGACUGGGGAGAGUCGCCCAGGUUUCCCAGGAUCACUCACUGUGACUUUGACAUCCGACAAAUACAGAACGUGCACACGUAUACCGUGCAAUGUGUUUUACCCAUCAAUUUAUUUAACGAAAAGAUUUUUAUUUUCGUUUGGUUUUGGUUAGUUUUUGUAUCUACCUUAAGUGCCGGCAACUUCUUAAUAUGGACAUAUUCAAUGAUUUUUCGUCAGCACCGUUUGCGGUACUUGAAAAAGUUCCUUCGUGUCAACGACUGUUACAAGUCGGAACUGGACAAAAAGAUGGCCGUCAAGUUUGGCGAGCAGUAUUUACGGCAGGACGGAAUCUUCGUUCUGCGGCUUGUGGGUAAAAACGCCAACGACGUCCUGGUGUCGGAGUUGAUCCUGCAGCUGUGGAAUCACUAUAGAAACAAACCCCUGUUCCGACACGCCAACCAGAUAAGUGAUGACAAUAGUAACGUUUGAC